GGCAGUUAUAUGCUUAUUUCAGCAGCCAAAAACGCAGUCCAACCCAGAUGUCCAACAUAUAUCUGGCUUACACCCCAACUAUCAGCAGACUGCAGUUCAUCAACAACUGGUUUGCACUUGCAAUACUUUUGAAACUUUGAGAAAUCUAAUUGUUCUCUCUUCAACAAGAAUUUAACCCCUAGAUUUCCAUCCACCAUAAAUGGAUUCUCUCAUCUCCAACUUCAAACCCCAAAUCUUCCCGCCAUUUCUCUUUAGAAUCAAGUCACCAUGCAUUACUCAAAAUCCAACAAAAGUUCUAACACUAGCAGCAGUGGGGGCAGUGCUUCUGCUAGUAGUGGAGCAGGCGCUUCUGCUGCUGCUGCUGCUACAGGGCGUCACCCGGUUUAUAGGGGAGUAAGGCGUCGGACUAGUGGGAAAUGGGUGUCUGAAAUUAGGGAGCCGAGGAAACCCAACAGAAUCUGGCUCGGUACAUUUCCUACUGCUGAAAUGGCAGCUAUUGCUUAUGAUGUUGCGGCACUUGCCCUAAAAGGCCAAGAUGCAGAGCUUAACUUCCCCAACUCUGCUGCUUCUUUGCCUGUGCCUGCCUCAACUUCCCCACGUGAUAUCCAGGCAGCUGCAACCUCUGCAGCAGCAGCUUUAGGGGCUGCAAACGAUGCUUUAUUUGGGAAUGAGGCUAGAAACAAUCCAAUAGUGCCUGAGAAACCGAUUACAGCUGAUGAGUUCGUCGAUGAGGAUUUGAUCUUUGAUAUGCCUAAUGUUCUUGUCAAUAUGGCUGAAGGGAUGCUUCUUAGUCCUCCUCGUUUGGACAUUGCUGCUGAUCAUGAUCCCGCCUAUAACGCUGGAGAUGCUGAGAACCUUUGGAAAUUCCCUUAAUAUAAUAUCUAUAAUAAUAUUAUUAUUAGCAAUAAAAAAAACUCUCCCCAAAGGUCUCCACCAUCAAAAAUAAAAAUAGAAAAAGAUCAGUGGACACUAUUUAGUAUAUAUGAUAGUGUCUAGCAUGAACUAGACCACAAACAUGGGAAGAGUGGUUUUGAGUGGUUUUGCCUUUUUAUUGUUUGUACAGGAUUUUCUAUUUAUGGGAGUUGCUGUUGUCUCAUCUCUCUACUAUCUUAGUGCAUGUAAUGCUUCUUAGUGUCCGUAAAAUCUGCAACGGAGUUGAACCUUUAGCAAUAAAACGCUUUGAGCUUGCUUGUUCCGUCUUUGUAAUUGUUCGAAGCUGACGCAUCUUUCAUGGUAUAUCAACAUAUCAUCUCAUCCAGUGCAAGUGGUAAGAUCACAUCGAAUUCACCUGCUGGGGUUGGUUUUUUUAAUAUACCAGGUUUUGAAGCUUUUGCAGGUUUUGCCAGUGUGGCUUGAUUGGAAACAAUGAGCAGUUUGCAGCGGAAAGCUGUGGCCAAAAUAAUAAAUAUUCCGAUGAUCAUCUUCAACUUGCAAUGCUUGAACAUAGCUAGCCAUUAUAUUCCACCAACUAUCAAUGAUCUGUAACUACUAAACUAGAAGAUUGAGAUAUGAUUCUUUGCCACAACAGAGGACUUGAAUUGCCUAAUCCGACUGUGAAUGAUCUCUAAAUUUUGUGGAGAAUAUAAACAACUGAUCACUCACCUGCAAGAGCUCAUAAUAUCAUAUCCAUAUAUGAUCAAGAAUUACCUUAAUACAGCA